AUUAACUAGGUAAAGAGAGUUGCAGACUUCACUAAGAAAUUCUAGCAAUUUGAAUAAAGCAAUUUAAAAUUGUUUUUUUAGGGAGAGGUUGGAUGGUUAAUGUAAGUAGCAUAUUGAUCAAACCCUCCUGAUUUCAGUCAAAACCCAUGGAAGGUUUAAUUAAUUCGCAUUUAUUUUUUAACUCAAUCAAUAAGCUUUUGCAUUUUCUUCUCUAAUAUGUAAUUAAUACCACAGAACUAGUAACACUACACGUCAUCUCCUAGAGUGGGUCCCACUACUCAAAGGUCCGGUUUGAACCCAAAAAUUGAUGAGGACUUGGAAGUUCACCAGGCAAGCUCAUGAACAUUACAAGAAUCUGUGAAGCAUCUAGGAAUUUGCCAAAAAGCAGAAGUCUUUCUUGAACAUUGACCCACCACGUCAACCCAAAUUUUACUCUCUAUUUUUGGGUAAUGAAACUUCAUACUUCCUUCCUCCUUACCUUCCCCUCAAGUUCUAGACCUACAAAAUUAAUUUAUGCACCAAUGUUGGUCAUAUAUAUAUAUAUAUAUAUAUAUAGUAUGACCAGACCACUUGAAGAACAAGCCACAUUAAUCAUUAUCAUUGCCUCAAAAGAUCAAAAUCGAAAAAAAAUGGCAAACCCCCCAAAAAAAUCUGAGUGGAGCUGGUUCAGAAGCUUCCAAUAUGAUGAACAGAGAGACACUCCCGGCGAUGCUCGGAACGUUUUGCUAGUGGUUGCGGCUCUCAUCUCGGCGGUGACAUUCCAAGCGGGUGUGAAUCCUCCAGGGGGUGUUUGGCAAGACAGUGAUAAUGGGCAUACUGCAGGGAGAGCUAUUUAUGGUUCCCACAAGAAAUCUUUCUAUGUGUUUUUGGUAUCAAACACUUUGGCUCUCUCCUCUGCUAUUUUGGUCAUAAUUUCUCUAACUUACAGGUUCCCAUUUCAUUUCGAGAUUUGGGUUGCUACCAUUUCCAUGAUAGUAACUUAUGGGUCUGCAAUAUUUGCCAUAACCCCAAACGAGUCUGUCAAGUUUCGUUAUAUUUUGAUUACAGCUGCUGGGCCUUUUCUGGUCAGGUUAUUGGUGGAGGUGUUCAAAAAGUGCAGGGGUAAAAUUCACAUGCCCACUAUUAAACACCUUCGGGCCUCUAAAUAUUUUUGGUCUUGAAGAUCUCUAUGUUUUUGUAGAGGACAAUUUUUGUUAUUUUAGGGGGACUAGAAAAGAGUUUGGUGGUAUAGAUUUAUUUAAGGGUUAUACUGGUAAUGGGUUUGAUUUGUAGUUCCAGAAUAUCCAAAACAGAGGAGGGCUUUUUUUUUUUUUUUU